CUACAAACAAGUUCCAGUGGGUCGAAUGGUAGCAGCAUCGUUUCUGUGAUGUAGCGAACGUGACUGUUUCCAUCACUAGCAUUAGAAACUUAAAAUAAUUUUUUAAUUUAUUUAAAAUAAAUCUCUCUUAGACUUAUCAGUCUGUUAAAUCAAGAUGGAUCCUAACCAGAAUGAUGAAUACUUGGACGCAGACGAAAACGAAGAUGAUUUGCUAGAUGAAAGAAAUAUCGUAAGGGUUAUCGACCUGCCAGACGAAGGCAUCAUAGACUCUGAUGAACAAGACAUGGAGAUGGGAGGAGAGGAAGAAGAGGGGGCUGAAGGAGGCGAUCAGACUCCUGUAGAAGACAUGGCAGCUGUUGUGUUCAGAGCUCAUACAGAAAAGCCACACCCAGCAGAGGAACCACCAGAGGUGUAUGCAGUACACGUUGACCCUACGCACAGUGGUAGAGUGGUGACUGGAGGUCGAGAUGAUGCAGCAUAUGUGUGGAAUAUCACAACAGGACAGGUUAUAUUUGAAUGUACAGGCCACAAGAAUUCAGUAAGCUGUGUAGGAUUCAGCCAUGAUGGAUUGUAUGUAGCCUCUGCAGAUCUUGAUGGACUAAUCAGAGUGUGGCAUUGUGAGAAGAAGGAACUGGCAUGGUCAUUUGACUGCGGCUCCGACAUUAUGUGGUUACAGUGGCACCAUUCUGCUCAUGUUCUGCUGGUCGGAACCAGCGAUGGAGACAUGUGGAUGUGGAAAAUCCCAGGAGGAGAGUGCAAAACAUUUCAGUCACAUGGUACACAGUCACUCUGUGGCAAAGUCCUUCCUGAUGGCAAGACGGCUUGUGUGGGAUAUGCAGAUGGUGUUGUCAAACUGUGGGAUUUGAAAGAAAAUAAGGCACAGUUUACCUGGCGCCACUUUACUCCUGCAGCAGUCAGUGGAGGAAGGGAAGAGGACGAAGAUGAAGAGGAAGAAAAGGCAGCCAUCUUGAGCAUAGAUUGUAGUCCAGACAACAGUCUGGUGAUAUCAGGUUGUGCUGAUGCAACAGCAAAAAUCUUCAACUCAGUUUCUGGCAUGCUAGUAUCCUCAUGGAACUGCGCCGUCAACAGGGACCAGGAUAAUGCAGUAGAAGCUGUGGGCUUUUCACCAGUGGCAGCAUAUGCAGCGACUGGCACCAACAGUGGUGCAGUAGAGGUGUGGGAUCUGCCUAAGUCAUCAGUCAGACACACCCUGCAGCACCCAGCUGGCGUGUGCAGAUUACAGUGGUCUUCCAGCUCUUAUCUUUUAUACACUGCGUGUCUUGAUGGCAUUAUGCGUGCAUGGGAUACACGUAGUGGCAGCUGCAAGGCUGUAUGGACUGGGCAUUAAAAAAUUCAAGUCUCCUAGAUUUCAGUCUUUCCAGAGAUGAAAGCUGUCUGGUUUCUGCAUCAGAAGAUGGAACAGCUCGUGUUUUUCGCUUGCAGUCUUAAAGGAACUGUUGCAUCCACUAUUUGCACUGUAUUUUUUACAGCUUCUUGUGAUACUCUUUAGAACAGAAAUUUCUAAUGGAAAUGUUCUACUACUUUUAAAUGUUGAAAAGGAUGCACUGUUGACAUCAAUAAAACAGUGUGAAAAUAUUA